GGAAAAACUUAAUCAACACAAAGAGAAACAAAGAAGAAAGUAUGGAGGUAACAAAAAACAAAAAGUAUGGAGGUCAUAUUUUGGCUCUUCCUUAUCCAAGCCAAGGCCAUAUAAACCCUAUGCUUCAAUUUUGUAAACGUUUAGUCUCCAAAGGUCUAAAAACCACUUUAGCCAUCACAAACUUCAUUUCUAAUUCAACACAUCCAAAUCCGGGUAUUGUCGGUAUAGACACCGUUUCUGAUGGGUUCGAUAAAGGUGGCUACGCUGAUGCUGAUAGCGUAGCCGCCUACCUCGAACGUUUCGAGCAAAUCGGCUCGAAAUCCCUAGCGGAUCUUAUCAAGAAAUAUGAAAAAUCGGAGUUUCCUAUUACUUGCAUCAUGUAUGAUGCGUUCGUGCCAUGGGCUUUAGACGUAGCUAAAAAACAUGGUUUAAUUGGGGCUUGUUUUUUUACUCAAGCAUGUGCGGUGAACUAUAUUUACUAUUAUGUUCAUCAUGGUAAAUUAACGUUACCGAUAUCUUCGACUCCGGUGAAGAUAUCGGGAUUACCAGAGCUCGAACUCCGAGAUAUGCCUUCUUUUUUUUACGUACAUGGAAUGUAUCCAGCCUAUUUUGAAAUGGUGUUGAAUCAAUUUACAAAUGUGGACAAAGCUGAUUAUGUAUUUGUGAACUCAUUCUACAAGUUGGAAGCUGAGGUAGCAGACACAAUGUCAAAAAUCAGCCCAUUGUCCACCAUAGGGCCAACGUUACCAUCGUUCUAUAUGGACAAUAGAGUUGAAAAUGACAUUGAGUAUGGUCUCAAUCUAUUCCAUGUGGAUUCUUCAACAUGUAUCAACUGGCUAAAUACUAAGCCAGAAGGAUCAGUUGUUUAUGCAGCUUUUGGUAGCAUGUCUACUUUUGAUGACAAACAAAUGGAAAAAAUAGCUGAGGGAUUAAAAGCAACUAAUAGCUACUUCUUGUGGGUGGUUAAAACUUCCCAAGAAUCGAAAAUUCUCAAAAAAUUCAUUGAGGAAAAUUCGGAGAAAGGAUUAGUAAUAAAUUGGAGUCCACAAUUACAAGUGUUAUCUAAUAAGGCAAUUGGUUGUUUUUUCUCACAUGGUGGAUGGAAUUCGACCGUUGAAGCAUUGGUUUUUGGAGUGCCAAUGGUUGUAAUGCCACAAUGGACUGAUCAAACAACAAAUGCAAAAUUUGUACAAGAUGUUUGGAGUGUAGGGGUGAGAGUUAAAGUUAAUGAGAAUGGGAUUGUUGGAAGAGAAGAAAUUGAGGAAUGUGUGAGGAUAGUGUUACAAGGAGAGGAAGGGAAAGAAAUGAAGAAGAAUGCACUCAAAUGGAAGGAUUUGGCUAAGGAAGCUGUUCAAGAAGGUGGAACAUCUGAUAAAAAUGUUGAAGAAUUUGUAUCAAAAUGCAUUAGAAAACUUGAUGGUCAGUGAUUUAAUCAUUGCAUUCUAGUUUGGGUAGAAAACAAGGGAAGAAUAAGUGAGAUCCAAAAAAAAUUAUUUAGUCAUCUUUUAAGUAUAUGUUUUCUCUAUGGAAUGCCUAGCAUAUUCUGUGUAGUUAACUUC